CCGGGGCCGAGUCCCGGAGCGCCCCGGCCCGGCUGGCUUGGGCUGCGGUCCCGGGUCCAUUGUCCGGCGGUCCGUCUGUCCGGAGGCGGGGCCCAGGGACCCAGAGCGCAGCGCAGCGCCGAGGCGCCGGAUACAGAUCACUUGGAUUCAGUCGAGUUUGCUUUGCUCCGUGGGAACUGCACCAGAACUGGAGGUCUGAAAAAGAACUGUGUUUGAUAUGCAGAUAUGCUAGAAGACUGCCUGAAAGCUGCUUCCUUUGCCACUUCCUGUGGAGGCCUGUCUUUGCCAUUUGCGGUUUCUUUAUUCUUUUGAUGCCUAUUUGAGACAUUUUCUGUCUCGCAGGGAUGUGAUGCCUUUGCUACCUCUAGGCAAGAUAACAUCAUGAAAAAUCCGCUGGUGUAGACUGCAGGGCUUGACUUCCAGUGGGCAUGUGACAUGUUAGCAUCUUGCAAGGAGGUGGUAACAUAUCCAGUCGUGAAACUGGGAAAGACCAGAGCUCUUGCAUCAGGGAAACAUGUCCCGUCGGAAACAGACAAAUCCAAAUAAAGUUCACUGGGAUCAAGUAUUUGCUGGGUUAGAAGAGCAAGCCCGCCAGGCGAUGAUGAAAACUGAUUUUCCUGGAGACCUUGGCAGUCAGCGACAAGCUAUCCAACAACUAAGAGAUCAGGACUCCAGUAGCAGUGACAGUGAGGGUGAUGAAGAGGAGACGACACAAGAUGAAGUCUCUUCCCACACAUCAGAGGAAGAUGGAGGGGUGGUCAAAGUGGAGAAAGAGUUAGAAAAUACAGAACAGCCUGUUGGUGGGAACGAAGUGGUAGAGCACGAGGUCACAGGGAAUUUGAAUUCUGACCCCUUGCUUGAACUCUGCCAGUGUCCCCUCUGCCAGCUAGACUGCGGGAGCCGGGAGCAGUUGAUCGCUCAUGUGUACCAGCACACUGCAGCAGUGGUGAGCGCCAAGAGCUACAUGUGUCCUGUCUGUGGCCGGGCCCUUAGCUCCCCGGGGUCAUUGGGUCGCCACCUCUUAAUCCACUCGGAGGACCAGCGAUCUAACUGUGCUGUGUGUGGAGCCCGGUUCACCAGCCAUGCCACUUUUAACAGUGAGAAACUUCCUGAAGUACUAAAUAUGGAAUCCCUACCCACAGUCCACAAUGAGGGCCCCUCCAGUGCUGAGGGGAAGGAUAUUGCCUUUAGUCCUCCAGUGUACCCUGCUGGAAUUCUGCUUGUGUGCAACAACUGUGCUGCCUACCGUAAACUGCUGGAAGCCCAGACUCCCAGUGUACGCAAGUGGGCCCUACGUCGACAGAAUGAGCCUUUGGAAGUCCGGCUGCAGCGGCUGGAACGAGAGCGCACGGCCAAGAAGAGCCGGCGGGACAAUGAGACCCCCGAGGAGCGGGAGGUGAGGCGCAUGAGGGACCGUGAAGCCAAGCGCUUGCAGCGCAUGCAGGAGACAGACGAGCAGCGGGCACGCCGGCUGCAGCGGGAUCGGGAGGCCAUGAGGCUGAAGCGGGCCAACGAAACCCCGGAAAAGCGGCAGGCCCGGCUCAUCCGAGAGCGAGAGGCCAAGCGGCUCAAGAGGAGGCUGGAGAAAAUGGACAUGAUGUUGCGAGCUCAGUUUGGCCAGGACCCUUCUGCCAUGGCAGCUUUAGCAGCUGAAAUGAACUUCUUCCAGCUGCCUGUAAGUGGAGUGGAGUUGGACAGCCAGCUUCUGGGCAAGAUGGCCUUUGAAGAGCAGAACAGCAGCUCUCUGCACUGAACCACACCCUCCUGCCUGCCCUCCUCCCCACCUACCUACCCACCCACCCACACCCACAGCCACGAGGACCAGUGCUGCUGCCACCCACGAGGCCCUGUCCUUGCUGCCAGAGGCAGGCCUGGGUUUAUUGCAGGUGGACCUGAGCAGCCCUUGCAUAUGGUAACAGGAUGAUGGGGUCAGGAGGGACCUGGCUCAAGGCAGCUCUGGACAAGGGAGCAGGCAGUCCAGAGAACUGGCCUCCCCAGCCCACUGCCACAGGCUGUGCUUCUAGGACUGUGGGGCCCCUGUGUGGCCCAUGAAGUUGUGAAGUCAAAUAAAUUAAUUUUAUCUUUA